UGCCGACGCCGAGCACGGCCGCAGAGGCCCGCACUGUGGACUGACGCGGCGGCUCUGCGCCAUGUAAAGUGUAGCCAGAUGGGCGUGUGCUUCACCAGGGUACGAAAAGAUCUGGUCAGUCCCACGCCCAGCGUCAACUGUGACGUCAGGAUGCCGGAGCCAAUCAGAAGCCAGCCUUCGCCGGCUAGUCUUCCAGGGUUUUCCACCCACGGUGCCCAAUCAAACAAUCGGACAGCAUCGUCCUCCUGCAACGACAGAACCGAGCCACCGCCCUGGGAGAGGCUCACGGCCACCCUCCGCGAGCGGCCCGACCUGCUCGAGAAGUUUGUCAUGGAACACGUAGAGCUGGACCAGCUGGAACGCUGGAUCAUCCGGAAAACGCAGCGCACCAAAAAUUCGCAAGGCGUCACCAAAGCGGCGGUUCACUCGCCGUCGGUCGUCGGCGCGCCGAGCCAAAACAGUUCUGCUUCAAGGAAAACAAGCUUGUCGCGAUGGAAGCAGAAGACCGAAACUGAUGCGCUGCUUUCGCCGCAGUUUUGCGUGCACGCCGACAAGCGCAAAAUGCUCGAAGAGCUGACGCGCGCGCUGCCGGACAAGCCGGGUAUGGCCAACGUGCUCACAGAGCUGGCCGGCUGCAUAGCCUCGGCCGUGAACGCCGACUUUCAGAGGCUGUACCUGGUGGAGAAGCGCGAUGGUCACGUGCACAGCUACGACCCGGAGACCCAGCAGGUGACCAACACAUACCCCAUCGGGCCGGGCACGGUGCUGGCGGCGCACGUGGCCGCCACGCGACAGCCGCUACGCAUCAGCGUGCCGUUCGUCGAUCCCGACAAGUACCCGGAGGGCGUCGGCGGCAGCACGGAGGGGGCCGAGCACGUGAUGGCGCAGCCGGUGCACCUCUCGGACGGCGACCUGGUGGCCGUGAUGGAGCUCUACCGCAGCGGCCCGCAUCCCUUCUACGAGGAGGACGAGGAGAUCGUCAACAGCUACAUCGUGUGGGGCGGCAUCGCGCUGCACUACGCCGACCUCUACCACACGCUCAGCGACCAGCGCAAGGUCCACGACUUCAUCCUGGACGUGACCAAAUCAAUCUUCCAAGACAUGGUGUCCAUGGAUACGCUGAUCACAAAAAUCAUGAACUUCGCCCAGAGGCUGGUGGCGGCAGACAGAGCCUCACUCUUCCUAAUGGACGGGCGCACUAGAGAGCUGUACGCCCGCAUCUUCGACAUGGGCAACGCCAACGGAGAUUCGAGCCCACAAGCGCAGGAGAUCAGAUUCGCCGUCGGAACUGGCAUCGCCGGCCAGGUGGCCCUCAACGCCCAGGGCCUCAACAUCGUCGACGCGUACGCCGACGACCGCUUCAACCGCUCCAUCGACCAGCAGACGGGCUACGUGACGCGCUCGCUGCUCUGCAUGCCCAUCUUCAGCCGCGGGGUCGUCAUCGGCGUGGUGCAGAUGGUCAAUAAGACAGCCGGCGCCUACUUCACCAAGGCGGACGAGGAGAACUUCGAGUUUUUCGCUGUGUACUGCGGACUGGCUCUGCACCAUGCCAAACUGUACGACAAGAUCAGGCGCAGCGAGCAAAAGUACAAGGUCGCGCUGGAAGUGCUCAGCUACCACAACAGCUCCACAGACAGCGAGGUGGCCGAGUACAAAGGCACCUUCAACAUGUCGCCGUCAGCGGGCCUCAACGACUACAACUACAACGUGUUCGAGACGUCUGAAACGGACAAGAUUCGCGAUGCCGUCUUCAUGUUCACCGAUCUCUUCGGCACCAGUCGGUUUGACAUCGACUGUCUCAUCAGAUUCACUAUAACGGUGAAGAAGAACUACAGGAGGGUGCCAUACCACAACUGGACGCACGGCUUCGCUGUGGCCAACAUGAUCUACUGCAUCAUCAAGCACAACCCGGACGUGUUCAAAACGAUCGAGAGUCUGUCGCUGUACGUGGGGUCGUUGUGUCACGACUUGGACCAUCGAGGACGCAACAACAAGUUCAUGCUGGACACGGACUCGGCCAUCGCCGCCAUCUACAGCACGUCCACCAUGGAGCAUCACCACUUCAACCAGACCGUGACCAUUCUGCAGCAGGAGGGCCACAACAUCCUGGGCAAGCUAUCGAGCUCGGAGUACAAACAAGCUUUGAGCAACAUCAAGCACUGCAUCCUGGCGACUGAUCUGGCGCUGUUCUUCCCGAACAAGGCCAAGCUGGCGGGCAUCCUGAAGGAAGGGCUGUUUGACUGGGGCAACUCAGAGCACAGGUUGCUACUGCAAGCCAUUUCGAUGACAGCAUGUGACCUGUGCGCCAGCUCCAAGCCCUGGAAAAUCCAGAUACAGACCGUGGCUGACAUAUUCGAGGAAUUCUACGAACAGGGUGACGCCGAAAAGCAGGCGGGCCGCACGCCCCUGCAGCUGAUGGACCGCUCUCAGCAUGACCAGCAGGCUCACUCUCAGGUCGGCUUCCUCACGGGCAUCUGCAUCCCGUGCUACGACCUGCUGUACCAGCUGAUCCCCGAGACCCAGCUGCUGGUGGCCGGCUGCAAGAACAACCUGGCCCGCUGGAUGGACAUGGCCGAGGCCGGCGGCUGGCAGGAGGAGCUGAGCGCGGCCAACAGCAACACACGCUCUCGCCAGAGCGCGCAGCUGGCCGAGGCCGAGUUGAGCGAGGACAGCUAGAGCGGUACUACCAGCGCCGGCGGCCGCGGCCGACCGCCGGUCGUCAGUGGGACGCGCCGCCUCCGGGCCCC